UCAGCUGAAUCAGCUGGGCCUUCAUAACAGGCGAGGCGAGUGGAGAAGAGAAGUUUCGGUUCCCUCAAGAGACUUUGAUUUUGACAGUCAGUAUUCUUGAGAAGCUUCCAACAAGUUGAGCGCUCUGCAUUUCACGUCAGCUGAGUUUCUUCUCAACUCGUAAAUCUGUAAUUUAGGGCCUAUGGCGUCAUGGGGCAUUUGCAAAAACGCAAACUUGCUUCGUUCAUCGAUUUCAACCCUCAACGCAAACAGCUAUGACAGGCCUUCCAUUCGCCUCAUUUGUUCCUCUUGCACGUCCCGACGCCUGCGGACAGGUUUGCAAACCCACCAAGAAAGAGAUGGACAAAGGACGUUAUUUACCUUUCCAGGCACAAGCAAAAAGAAAGAAUAUCAAGGAAAAAAGCUCGUUGGCUAUUCCAUGGAUCAAAUGUUUGAAGUUGUGUCUGACGUAGAACACUACCGUGAUUUCGUGCCAUUUUGCCAAAGAUCCCUGGUUACCUUGAGGACACCUGACAAUCUGCGGGCAGAACUUGUCAUUGGCUUCCCUCCUGUUCGUGAGAGCUACGUGUCAAAUGUAAAAUUGGUAAAGCCUACUAUGGUCAGGGCUGUGUGCACCGAAGGAAAACUAUUCAACCACCUCGUAAACUUCUGGCGCUUUUACCCUGGGUUGAAAGGCAAUGAAAGAUCGUGCGUGAUCGACUUUUCCGUUUCCUUUGAAUUCAGAUCGCUUUUGCACUCGCAAUUGGCCCAUUUGUUUUUCAAUGAGCUAGUAAGACAAAUGGAAAAGGCGUUUGUUGAGGAAGCUGAAAGGCGGUUUGGUAAAGCGUCUGUAAAGACAAAGCUUUUAUCAACAAGUAAUGCUAUUCAAGCUGGUUCUUGAUCCUGUUAUGUGUUCACUUGUUAUACGCUUAUUUAAAUCAAAUGUAGAUUUUAUUAGACAUGGAGAUUUUUGUUCUCCGUGUUGACGGGUAUUUGUAAUAAAAUGUACAUUAUGACCAGAUGUCAUAUCACAUAAUUUGUUUUAGUUCAGACUUUUUUGGCACAAACGAAAAUUCAUAUUUUAGGGUUUAAGAAUCUUUAUUCAACAUUUUUCACUUACAGACGUGUCCUUAAUGCUUAGUAUACUAUCUUACGCUAAGUUAAAAGAUAAAGUUGCGAUCUUGAUUGAAGUUAGUGGCAAAAUUAGUAAUUUUAGGUUUUUCGAAAUAAAUAUAGAUUGGUGGGCCAACAGAGGCUUCCUCAAGAGAAUCUCGAGGAUAAUGUCAAAAAGACUCGCCGAAUCGAAAAAAAUGCAUUUUAUUGCGAGCAUCGGUGAAAUCUUUGAAAUUGAAUGCGAUUUAAAUUCAAUUACGUGAUUCCCGACAGCUGUUUUGGGGUAAAAUUCUUUGAGCAAACCGUCAAAGACAGAAAUAUCAACCUUGCAAGUGAGCGUUUUGAAUUCUUACGUCAACUGAAUUCACUGACUAGUAUUUCUUUGUGUGUAUUUUACAGAGAGAGCGUCCGCUAAACUCAAUUUCUUGCUGUCGUUUUAAUUAAAGGGCUGGAUUUCCGUCUUUGCCGUUCGCUUUUCGGCUGGUUACUCUUAUUGUUGAACCUCUCCAUCGCCCUGCUGUACGAGCCAAUGCAGACAGUGCCCCAUGGCGGCCGCAGCGAGUCCACCUGCAGACUGGAGGACCUCUGUCUCGGCGUCUUGGGCUUGAAGUCCGGCGGCUCUGGGGACGACUUGUCCUCCUCCUCCUCCUCCUCUUCCUCAUGAGUGACCUUCUCCUCACUCUUGGCCUCGCUAAUGAUUUCGACCACCGGAUUGAGACUGCUGGGCGGAGACGGCUCCUCUAGGGACACAAGACUAGACGCGCCGCUGAGCGUGUCGUAGCCGCUGGCCUCGCUGGACAGGGAGCCAGAGCGGUUGAAAAGGCGGUUGGCCUCCUUGGGCCGCACCUCCUCGCUGCUGCCUACCUUGAGAAACUGGCCGUGCGAGUUGUUGUUCCUGUCGUCGAGCAACACCUUGCCGUCGUCGACACUCGGCACCGGCGACACGCUGUUCUCUGGUGAGGUGGCGCUCUGCUCCUUGAUUUCAGCCAGCGGGUCCAGGUUGCUGCCCGCUACCCUGGGCAUGGGACUGCGUUUCCGCUUGCUGUCCUCGAACACGAUGUCAGGGAUGAAAAGGCGCAGCGCGUUCGGUCCCGUUGGGAAGCUCGACACGAACUUGAGCUUGCUCGGCAGACUUUUGUCGAAGGUUUUGGCUGAGUUGGCGGCCAUUUGAUCGUUGGUGUUGAAAGCGGUGACCAACUGGGCCACCGAGUACCUGGGCUCCUCCUCCUCGCUGCUGGUCGGACUGUAGCUCUUGCGCCUCGCCGGCUUGUUGCCGGGAGCCUUGUCAGUCUCAUCUUUCGGUGCCUGCUCCGCCUCAGGCUCUUGCUCCUCCGGCUGACACGCAUGCGGCAUUUGCUUGUUCUCCUUGUCCUCCUCCUGCAGCAACAGGCUGCUGUCAAUAACCGGCUCCUUCUUGGGGCUGUUGAAUUUUGCCGGAGCGAUGCACGCCGUCUUGCUACCUUUUUUGGGGCUCUGAUCGGACUCUG